AUGUCUCUUAAUAAUUCCAAACGUUCAUUACAUUCAUCAUCUAAUUCUGAUACAUCACCUUUGAAAAAGAAAACCAAAAUUGCAUUAAAAAGAAAUUUUGCACAGUCAUCGUCAUCAUCAUCUAAUGAUGAUCUUGAUAUUCCAGUGUGUUCAACAAGUCGUAGAAAUGUGACUACUGUAUCAAAACAACAAGUAUCAGCACCAGUAUCUAAAACUUUGGAAAAAAAAUCUCCGCCAACAUCUGUUCCUCCAGUAUCGACUCGAAUUCAAAUUCAACGUUCAUCAUCAUCAUCUUCUGAUGAUUCAAAUGGUAGUGAUGAAAUAGUUACAAAAAAAACUCGUCAACGACGUAAAAAACCUGUUUCCAAUGAACGUUCAACUAUAUUAAAACAAAUCAAAUCGAAAGCCGAAGAAAAGAAAAGUUCAAUUGUAACAACAAAUAUACGUUCGACUACAGUAAUUGAUAAAAAUAAUAAUACCAAUCAUAAUGAAAGUGGAAAAAAUAAUUUAAAUGGAAACAAAAAAUGUUCAUUUCAAUUUAGUGAUGAUGAUGAUAAUACAAAUCAUAGUACAAUUAGUAAUAAUAGCAAUAAGAAGAAGAAGAAGAAGUAUAAUGAUGAUGAUGAUGAUGGUGGAACAACUGAAAGUUAUGAAGUUGAAAAUGAUAAUGAAGAUAAACAUAAUAAUACUCGAAAGAUUAAAACUGAACUUCAAGAAGAAGAAGACGAAGAUAGUUCUCCAACAAAAGGAAAAAAUGGUCAUCUUGGUCGAAAAAAUAUUCGAAAAAUUAUCGAUGAUAAAGAAUUAGAUACUCAAACAAAACAAGCUGUUGAAGCUGAAUUAGAACGUCGAAAACGUAUUGCUGAAAAACAAAAAGAAUAUAAUGAUAAUGUACUGGUAUCAUCAACAUAUAAAUCUACUAUUGAAAAUGAAAAAAUAAAUAAUUCAAAUCGACGUUUAAUUCUUGAAUUAGACGAAAAAACAAAUGAACCAUUAAUUGAAGUAUCAUCAAAAUUAGUUCAACAGUUAAAACCGCAUCAAUGUGAUGGAAUAAGAUUUUUAUGGAAUAAUGUAUUUGAAUCUAUUGAUGCAAUAAAAAAUAAAAAACAUGAUGGUAAUGGAUGUAUUUUAGCACAUUGUAUGGGUUUAGGAAAAACUUUACAAGUUAUUAGUUUUAUUCAUACAAUAUUUAAUUAUGAUAAAAUAACAAAUGUUCGUCAUUGUCUUGUACUAUGUCCAAUUAAUGCAGCAUUAAAUUGGUCAAAUGAAUUUGAAUAUUGGUUAAAUGAUGUUGAACCACCUGUUGAUCAUUAUCAGUUAACAACAAUAAAACCAAAUCUACGUCUUACACAUUUAAAUUAUUGGUAUGAACAUGGUGGUGUUAUGAUAAUGGGUUAUGAAAUGUAUCGAAGAUUAGCAAGUGGUUUUGGUUUAAAAAAUAAAAAAACUAAAGCACAAGCAUAUAAAUGUCUUGUUGAUCCUGGACCAGAUAUUAUUGUUGCUGAUGAAGGACAUAUAUUAAAAAAUGCUCAAACAGCUCUUGCUAAAUGUAUAUCAAAAAUCAAAACAUCUCGUCGUAUUGUUUUAACUGGUACACCAUUACAAAAUAAUCUCAUUGAAUAUUAUUGUAUGGUAUCAUUUAUAAAACCAAAGUUACUUGGUAGUCAACAAGAAUAUGUCAAUCGUUUCGUGAAUCCAAUUCAAAAUGGUCAACAUCGUGAUUCAAAUGAAGAUGAUGUUCGAUUAAUGAAACGACGUGCCUGUGUUUUACAUGAAUUAUUAACGGGUUUUAUCGAUCGAAAAGAUUAUUCAUUAUUGAAAGAUUAUUUACCACCAAAAUUUGAAUAUAUAAUUAAUAUACGUUUAAGUGAUUUACAAUCGACAUUAUAUGAUUUAUAUUUAAAACAACAAGGUAAUCAUAAACUACAACAACAACAAAAUGUAUUAGCAUUAAAAAAAGAUUUUAAAUCAGCGAGAUUAUUUGCUGAUUAUCAAUAUUUACAAAAGAUUUGGACUCAUCCAUUUUUACUUUAUCCACAUUUUAUCGAUCAUUGGAAGAAACGAUUAAAUAAUGAUGAUGAUUUAAUUGAUGAUGGUGAAUUAGAAGUGAUGUUUACCGAUGAAGAUGAAGAAAUGGAAGAAAUUAAGAAAAAGAAAAAAAAGAAUAUGAAAAAAACAAAUACAAAUGGAAAAAAGGCAGAGUCUAAAAAAAAUUUUAGUGGUUUUUUAAUCGAUAAUGUUGGUGAUGAUGAUGAAGAAAUGGAUGUGCCUACAAAUCAUAAUGAAAAUUCUAAAUCACAAAAACGUACUACUUCAAAAUCAUCGAAUGGUUCUUCUGUAACAACAGUUCAAUCAUGUUCAUUUGAUCAUGAUGAUGAAGACGAUGAUGAUGAAAUAAUUCAAGAAGUAGAUUCAGAUGCAAAAUCUAAAGCAAGUGAUGAAGAUGAUGAUGAUAAAGUUGAAAUAGUUAAAAAUUAUCGAACACGUAGUCGAACAGCAGCAACGAAAGAAAAAAAACAUGCAUCAAAAGCAUCCAAUGGUAAUAAUUUAAAUUUAGAUAUAUUCGAUACUGGUAAUGAUAAUACACCUACAAAUGGAUCAAAUAACAAUGAUGAUGAUGACGAUGAUGAACAGGAAAAUACGGAUGAUCCAUGGAUGAAAGAAAUGCGUGAACAAUUCUGGUUUCCAUUCUUGGAUAUGUUACCAGAUGAAAGUGAAUUUGAUAUUGAAUUAGGUGGAAAAAUUCUUUUAUUAAAAUCAAUACUUGAUAAGUGUGCUGAAAUCGGUGAUAAAAUUCUUGUUUUUUCACGUAGUUUAUAUACAUUAAAUUAUAUUGAACGUUUUUUAUAUUAUUUACAAACAAAAAAUCAAGAAGAAUAUCAAAAAAAAUGUGAAGCACAAAGACAAUUACGUCAAAUACUUUCUUCAAAUGAUAGUAAUAAGCAUUUAUAUGAAUAUAUACCACAACCAACAGAAUGGAUACGUGAUCAAGAUUAUUUUCGAAUGGAUGGUCAAACCGAUGUAGUAGCGAGAAAACGUUAUGCUAAAGCAUUUAAUGAUGAAUCUAAUUUACGUGGAAGAUUAUUUCUUAUAUCAACAUUAGCCGGUGGCAUUGGAAUCAAUUUAGUUGGUAGUAAUCGUGUUAUUGUAUUUGAUGCAAGUUGGAAUCCAAGUCAUGAUACUCAAGCCAUAUUUCGAUCGUAUCGUUUUGGUCAAAAGAAACCUGUUUAUAUCUAUCGAUUUUUGGCACAAGGAACAAUGGAAGAAAAAAUCUAUCAACGACAAGUUGUUAAACAAUCUUUAUCUCAACGUGUUAUUGAUGAUCAUCAAUUAGAUCGUCAUUUUACUGAAAAUGAUAUCAAAGAAUUAUAUAAAUUUACACCUGAACAAUUACCCGAAGCACGUUCAAUAACAAAUACAGAUCUUAAUUAUUCAAUACCAAAAGAUCAUUUAUUACUUGAUCUUUUAUAUGAUCAUAAUCGUUGGAUACAUUCGUAUCAUUCACAUGAUUCAUUAUUAGAGAAUAAACUGGAUGAAGGUCUUAGUGAAGAAGAACGACGUAAAGCAUUGGAAGAAUAUGAAAACUUAAAACGUUUACCCGAUGCCCGUCAAUUAGCUGCACAACGUUUACAACAAAAUCAAUUAACAUCAGCAGCUAUGGCUCAACUUCCACAACUUCAACAACUCUAUUUAGAUUUUUUUCGAACAAUGUCAGCUGAAGAUCAACAAAGUCUUGAUUAUGGAAAAAUGCUUCAGUAUGCCUAUGAACUUGGUCUAACUCCUGAUAUUCAAAAGCCUACUACAUCAGAUUCCAAUCAAACUUCCAAACCAGCUACUACUGUGAAUGAAGUCGUCCUUUUAGAAAGUGAUGAUGAUACAACUGAAAAAAUCGAAUGA